CACAGACCUAGCAGGAUCUCUCGAGCAUCCACAUCACCCGUCGCGCUGUUUAUUGUGACACUUUUUGUUUUCGAAAUUUUACUACUGACAUUAUCACUAUUUAAUCAUCAUUCCUUUUCGUAUAUCCACUGGAUCAUUUUUUCAAUAAAUACUUAUAUACACCACACAUACAUAUAUACUGAUAUGUGUACACACAUAUUUAUGUUCUACAGUAAUCUUCAUAAUAAGACAAAAUCCAAGUUUAUUGAUAAUUAAUUAAUUAAUUGAUCUAAACAAUAAAAAAAAAACGUUUAUCGAAAUAAAAUAAUUGUAAUCAUCAUUAAAUAUGACAAAACAUUGUAAUUGGCAAUAUGUACAAUUUAAUAGAUAAUUAAGAUGUUAAUAAAAAAAAAUGUUAAUAACAAUUAAACAAUGAUUGAAAUUUUCUUUAUUCAUUAAUCAAUGUGUUCAAGUGAAUGUGUGUGAUAAACAUGAAACAUUAUAUACAGGCGUAUCAAGAAAAAGGAAAAUAUAAUGAACAGGUCAGAUGCCUGCUCGGACGGGUCUUGAUUUCUCUCGAGGUUCAAACGCAACUUUCGAAGUGGAUAUACUACAAAUCAUCGAAUGUAAAACGGUGAAGGAUAAUAACACAACAAUCAAUUGACUCAUAGUGUGAAUAUUAUUUAUCAUAAUCAAUUAAUUGAACAAUUAUUAUCUCAAAUAAUUACACUUAAAUAUCAACUAUCACUUUGAACAUUGUGCAAAAAGAAAAAACUCCAAGUGAAACUCGGCUGAUUAAUUGUCAUCAAGUCGACAAUUAUUAUGAUACGUCAUAUUGGAGUUAUCAGCCAAGAGAUUUCAACAGAUUCCACGACAUUCUUCAUCAUGAAAAUCAUUACUAGUGUAUUUAAUUAAACGUGCAGUGAAUACCAAUGGUUAUUAAUCAAUAAUAAAAAAUGCAAAAACUGAUUAAUUGAUUAAUUAUUAGUUAAUAUGUGAUUAUAAUAACAGUGAUUGUGAAGUGAUUAAUCAGUGAACACUGUUGUCAACAAUAAUCAAAAGAAAAAAAAGAAAGAAAAAGUAUUAAUGAUAAAUAAAGUGAUAAAGAGAUAUAAAUAAAUAACGAACAAUGGUUUUUUGCUAUGAAAAGUUGAAGCGCGACGAGUGAUUAAAUUUAAUAAUGGAACAAGAAAUUUUAUCAGUAGUUCGAAUGUGUUACAUUUAAGUAUUGAGACGAAAUAAAAAUAGUGAAGUGGCGAAAAAUAACGACGACGACGACCGGAAGGGGAAGGGAGUUUUUAAUCCGUCGAAGAAGUUCGAAGCCGUCAAAGUGGCUUCGUCUUUGGGACUUCAGGGGCCGUCUGCGCCGAUCGGUUCCCAAUUGUUAGUAUCUGGCGGUUCGGAGGAUGUACCCGCUACCGUGUACCACGCCAACCUGGUAGCCGGAAGCAACAAUUCAGUGACAACGGCGUUACACAAGCCACUUCUUACUUCAUUAAAUUCAGCGGCGGCACUUGCCAGCAUGCAGGCCUCUGCAGAGGCCAAUUCGUUGGACCUACAGGCCAUGCAAUCCAUGGAUUGGUUGUUUAAGAAAGAAAGAAUUUAUCUUCUUGCACAAUUUUGGCAACAGAGAGCUACUUUAGCAGAAAAAGAAGUAUCAGCAUUAAAAGAACAGCUUUCCGCAUCAAACGAUGGGAAUUCUAAAACUGAGGGACACCAAAAAACAUCACAGAAUGUACAGAACACAGAACAAACUUACGACCAAAGUAACCCAAGAUCACCUAAUAAUAACCUGGAACAAGAACUUCAGACCAAAGAUAAAGAAAUCAGCCAUUUGUUGGAGGAAGUGUCAAGAUUGCAAGGCAAUUUACAACGAUUACAAGAGACUAGUGCUGCAACAACAGCGAGGCUGGAAGAGGAGCUUGAAUCCCGAAGACAACAUAUCAGUAGAUUGGAAAGUAAAUUAGAAAGACAACGGGACUAUGAUGACUUAAAACGCGAAAUAAGUGUUUUGCGAUCUGUAGAUUUAUCACAAAUACCAACAAGUGAACCAGGAAAGAGUCUCGAACAUCUUUUGAUGGAGAGGACAAAAGCCUUACAACAAGCAGAAAGUCUAAAACCACCAAGUACACCAGAUACCAUUGUUGCAGGUGGAUUAGUCUCACCCCUGCAGCGCGCCGCAACGGCCUCGCCCUACGGGAACACGGGUGUCGGCGGCGGAAAUUCCCUUACAUCCCUCGUGUCCUCCCAAGCGGCAGCACCCACGCGCUCUACCCCAACACCUUCAUCAGUAACCUCAACGGCCGCUUCGAAUCUCCUCUUUCCACCUCCUCUUCAAAAUGUCGAGACGUUUGGAUCGUUUCUCGGCGAAGAAAUAGUCGCCAAUUGGAGGCGAUCACUGGAACGUUCGAUAAUGAGUCAACAACAGCAAUCAUCAGUUGUACAAUUACCCCAACUAUCCCAACUCCAACAGGGAACCCAAUCACCCGUACAACAAGGGCUGUUACAACAGCCAUCAUCAGUCCAUGCCUUACAUCCACCAUUGACACCGAACCUAAAUCACCUUCCAUCGUCAACAGAUCCAGCCUCGUCGACCAAUGCACCAGCCAAAUCGAGCACGCCACUCAGUGGAUCAUUCGACCCAUCUGAAAAAGCACCAACGCCUAUUCCAGGACACGAAACACCUGCGCCGCCGACGCCAUCCUCAACAGUUGCUUUGACCUCGCCACCUGCUAGCUUCCAGCCACCCUCGACCAUCAUUGAAUCUGGUAAUGUUAAUGGCUCAUCAGUACCUGGAAUGCCUACCGGUGUUCAUCCGUCCAAAAGCCCUCAAGAGGAGUCGUGUCACAACAAUAACAAUAAUAGCCAUCAUUUAACCAACAAUAACAUUGGUCUCAACGUCCUCGAUAGCCUCAAGAACCCAUUUCGAUUCGACGAGAGGACUCAUCCGUUUAGAUUUGGCGAUGAAUUUGGCGCAAGCAUGACUAGUAGGCUUGGCGAAUCGUUAAUUCCUAAAGGUGACCCUAUGGAAGCACGACUACAGGAAAUGCUGCGAUAUAACAUGGACAAAUAUGCAUCGCAAAAUCUCGACACGUUACAUAUCGCGCGAAGGGUCCGAGAAUUAUUGUCGAUUCAUAACAUUGGUCAGAGACUCUUUGCCAAGUACGUCCUCGGCUUGAGUCAAGGCACUGUCAGUGAAUUGUUAAGUAAACCUAAACCCUGGGAUAAACUCACUGAGAAAGGACGCGACAGCUACAGAAAAAUGCACGGUUGGGCAUGCGACGAAAACGCCGUGUUACUACUCAAGUCCCUGAUACCCAAGAAAGAAUAUGUUUCAGGCAAGGAGCAAGGUAUACCAGCAUUCGCACGUGGCUCUCAGGAAGGUGGUCCACCAGACAUUAAUGAUGAGAGAAUAGUUCACAUGCUUUCGGAAUCAAGCCAACUUCAGAUGAGUCGCGAGCACGAUACAUCCAAUGAUGCAGAUAGUAAAAGUCCAAGUCGAUUGGGAUGCCCGAGUCCAUUUAGUAAAGAGAGAUUUGAUAGUCAGAAUAAAAGACUAAAAAAAUACGAGAAUGAUGACAUUCCUCAAGAAAAAGUUGUAAGGAUUUAUCAAGAAGAAUUAGCUAAACUUAUGGGAAGAAGAGUUGAAGAUUUACGUGGGCGUGAAUUUCCUCCAAGUAUGAUUUUUUCGCCCUUUUUCAGCAGUACUCAAGGGAUCCAAGGUCUAGAACGUACUCAAGAAGAAAUAAGAUUAGCACUGGAUGCUUAUCAUAGAGAGCUUCAAAAAUUAAAUGUCGUACCGGGUCAAACAUCAGCACUAACAGGGCUUCCUGGUCUGCCAAAUUUACCAAGUUUACUUGCACUCCAUCAACAAGCAGUACAUCAAAAUCACCUAUCUGCUAAUGGAGCUGGAGUUCAAGAUCUCAGUCUUGGUAAAACUGAUUCUCGAAGUAAGCUGAUGAAUGGUGUUUCCGAAGAAGAUAAAGAAAAAAUGGAAGAAGCUAUGAGGCAUGCAGGUAGUGCAUUCUCUCUUGUGAGACCUAAACAAGAACCUACUGGAACACAAUCAACUCCCGGAGGUUCAAGUGCAAGCUCACCUUUAGGAAAUUCUAUACUUCCACCUGCUAUGACACCUAGCGAAGAAUUUUCCGGAGCUGCAGCUGCAAGUCCUUUACAAAGAAUGGCGUCUAUCACUAAUAGUCUAAUUAGCCAACCGUCCACUCCAACACAUCAUGCAGCUAAUCAACGACCACUUAAAGCUGUUCUACCACCGAUAACACAACAACAAUUUGACCUAUACAAUAAUCUCAAUACUGAGGAUAUUGUUAAAAGGGUAAGAAAAGUUGUGAAAGAACAACUGUCUCAAUAUUCUAUUUCUCAACGGCUUUUCGGUGAAUCAGUAUUAGGUCUUUCACAAGGAUCAGUUUCUGAUUUAUUAGCAAGACCUAAACCUUGGCACAUGUUGACACAAAAAGGACGAGAACCAUUUAUACGUAUGAAAAUGUUUUUGGAAGAUGAACAAGCGGUACAUAAAUUGGUUGCAAGUCAGUAUAAAAUCGCACCAGAAAAGCUGAUGAGGACUGGAGGCUACGGCGGCCUGCCUCGUAAGUUUAACUCAGCUUGUGGAACACCAAUGAAACCAAUGCCACCAACAAAAUUAGUGCAAGAACAAUUGCAAAAUGCAGCUAAAGCCCAGGCAGCAGCACAAGCAGCAGCGCAUCAACAAGAAAGUCAAUUACAACUUGGACCGCCACAACCAAGUUCACAACAUCAACAUCCUCAACCACCUCCGCCAAUGAUCUUAGCAUCAACAACGCCUCAUCAUCCUCACACUCAAUUAAACAUACAAGAGUUACAAAAGAAACAACAACAGCAACAACAACAACAAAUAAGUCUUCAUUCACCUCAUCAAAUGACUCCAUCGCCUUUACGAAGUCUUCAUCCUCACAUUUCUCCCAGUGUUUAUGAAAUGGCAGCAUUAACUCAAGAUUUAGACACUCAAACAAUUACAACAAAAAUCAAAGAAGCUCUCCUAGCUAAUAAUAUUGGUCAGAAAAUAUUUGGUGAAGCAGUGCUAGGAUUAUCUCAAGGAUCCGUGAGUGAAUUAUUGAGUAAACCUAAGCCAUGGCAUAUGUUAAGUAUUAAGGGUCGAGAACCAUUUAUUAGAAUGCAAUUGUGGCUUUCUGAUGCUCAUAACGUUGAUAGAUUACAAGCAUUAAAAAAUGAAAGACGUGAAGCUAAUAAAAGACGACGCAGUAGUGGCCCAGGUCAUGACAAUAGCUCAGAUACUUCUAGUAAUGAUACUGCAGAGUUUUAUCACGCAGCAUCGCCAGGUCCCGGACCUCCUUCAGCUAAAAAACAAAGAGUUCUAUUUUCUGAAGAGCAAAAAGAAGCUUUAAGAUUAGCUUUUGCACUGGAUCCUUAUCCAAAUGUUGCUACAAUUGAAUUUUUGGCUGGAGAAUUGGCGUUAUCAUCGCGCACAAUUACCAAUUGGUUCCAUAACCAUCGAAUGCGCUUAAAACAACAAACUCCACAUGGACAACCUGAGCCACAAUCACCUAGAGAGCCAGGACAACCAUUUGAUCCAGUCCAAUUCCGAUUACUUUUGAACCAAAGAUUAUUAGAGAUUCAAAAAGAACGAUUAGGUCUUGGGAAUAUGCCAAUACCUUAUUCGCCUUAUUUCAAUCCGAAUCUUGCAACUUUAAUGAGCAAUGCCUUGAAAGAACAGUGUUCAGGUUUAGACCUUUCGAUGGGUGCUCUCAAGAGAGAACCCAAUCAAGAGUAUGAAGAUGAAGAUGCCGACGAUGCUAUGAGUAAUCUCGGUAGUGAAGAUUCCGAUGGAUCCAACAGCAGUUUAAAACGUGAACCGUCUGAUCUUAAUCAACCACCUACUGUACCAACAGCUGCGAGAUCUAAUCGAAGGAAACCCGCAGCACCACAAUGGGUCAAUCCAGAAUGGCAAGAACCUGCGAGAACGGGUGAUGAAGUUAUUAUUAAUGGAGUUUGUGUAAUGAAAACGGAUGAUUACGGUGUUAAAAGAGAACCUGAAGAAACUAUUAGAGUGGAACCAACACCUGUUCAAGACAGAUAUGAUGAAGAUGCUCAAAGUGAUGUGUCUUCAGUUUCUGGAAACAAUGGACCGGAUAGAGAUAGUCCCAGUCCUAGUCCUAAAUCCGAACAAAAUAGUCCAAUAGUUUCUCCCCGUCCUUCAUCUUCACAAACCAAUCUACGAAAUUCUGAUGAAAGUCCUAAAGAAGUUAAACAUGAACCUGAUGAAGCAUGGGACUAUUAAAUAAUUUAAUUUAAAAAGCUGGUAAUAAUUAAGUAUCAAUGCAAUUUCGAAUGUUAUCUUGCCAAAUUCAUGCGCUUUUAUAGAGAGCCAACUGUAUUAGAGUUAAAAAAAAUUUUUUAAAUUCUCAAUUUAGUGAUCUUCAACAUUUAUCAUGCUACAGUAAAUCUUUAAAAAAUUGUGACUGUCAGCUAUUUUUUUUAUAAAAUAUAAAACAUUCAAUUUCCAAGACAUUUAAGGAGAUUGUUCUCUUAAAAGUGAAAUAAAUAAAUGAAAAGGUGAUAAAUUAGAAUGGUGAACAUUAUUCAUAAGUUAAAAAUUUUUUCACGAAGCCGGAUAAGAUUUAAUUAUAAUCGCAACGAGUCCUGCCUAACGACUAGGGCAUUAUAAAAAUAAAACUAACAAAUAAAAUAAAAAAUUAAACUAUCGACUGAUGAUAGAGUAGUGUAUUUAACUUUUUCAUGUUUUUCGUUUCUGUAUUUUGAUUUGAUGAAAAUCAAUUUAGAGAAAUGCAGUGUUAAAUCAAAAGACUUAAAAAUACGUAGUAAGAAAAGAAAACAAAAGAGAAAAAGAAUGAAAGAAUAAAAAAUCGAAUAAUCUAGAAACAUAAAUGAAAUAUAUAUUGCAUAAAUAUAUAUUAUAUAUAUAUAUAUAUAUAUAAAAAUGUAACCAUUUACUUUGUUAAUGAAAUUUAAAAAAAUUCAAAGUAAAUGAUAUUACGUACCAUAGUCCAUACUGUAUAUAAAUUGAAACAAUAUAAAUAAUGCCCACUCCCUUCCCACAUAAAUAAAAAUUUUAAAUUUAAGUAUAAAUAAAUUAAUUAAUUGAAUUAAAAAAAUUAAUAGUAUUAUAAAAUCAUCCGCCUAAUCAGAACUAUAAGUUCACUUUAGGUAAUGAUUAAAAUUAUUGAUAAAAUAUGAAUGAGAACAAAAUGAUUAAAAUAUUUAAAUCUUUAUUAAUGAACUCAUUUUUUUAACACUCAAUUUUUUUAUUUGUAAAUUGAAAGAAUUUAAGGGCUCAUUUUAAGUGCAAUCUUUCCUUUAACGAAUAUAUCUGUUAGACUUAUUAAUUAUUAUUAUUAUUAUUUUUAUUUUUAUGGUAUCAAAAAGUAUUUGUAGAAAUAAAAAGAAAAAAGUAAAUGAAUAGAAACCAAAUAGACAAAAUAGAGAUGAAAAUGUGCGCAAAUGAGUGUUGUAAGAAAAUUACAUGAUGAUGGUGAUUUUAAUGUUAUUGUUUGUAUCGCUUUAUGAUAAAUUUUACAUUUAA